UUGGGUAGGUGAGAUCAUUUUUUAACUUUUUGUAAAGAUUCAAAAUUUUUUUUGACAAAACGAAGAAUGUAUUAUGUACGAUUUUAAAACUAAUUGGAGGAAAGGGCCAAGCGGAUAUUUUCCGUUGUUUUGUGAUAUUUUAGGUAAAUGAAUGAAUAGGAUUUGUUGGUGUACUUUAUUCAAUUUUGGUUGAACUAUGGCGUGUGGUAUCUUCGUCUUGUUUUCCGAUGAGAACAGUAGGUGCCGCUAGUGGGACGUACGGUGCUGCAUCCAUCCCGAGGGUCCUCUGUACUACGUCAAGUAUGUCAAUAUGUCUGCGAUCGCGGUUGGAGGAGGUUGUGUUGUGUUCUAAGAAUGUGUUUACUAUGUCGGCUGAACGUGUUCUCGUCGUAACACGAGAGCAAUGUCGAGUUCCAACAUCGUUGUCGAGUGGCUGCGGUCCCUCCACCUGGGCCAGUACGCCGAGUCCUUCCUCGACAACGGCUACGACGACCUCGAGAUCUGCAAGCAAGUCGGCGAUCCGGACCUAGACGCGAUCGGAGUCUUCAACCCGGGCCACCGGAGCCGGCUGCUCCAGUCCGUGAGGACCCUCCGGGAGGAAGGCGCCGCCUCCGUCUACUUCACCCUGGAGGAGUCGCAGGCCAUCCAGGAAGAGUGCAAGUGCGAGACGUCCUCCGCCAAGUCCUCCAGGUCCGGGAAGAACUCCGACAAGAGGAGCCCAUCGUCCAGCAACGGCUCCGUACAGGAACUGCCCAGGUACCUCGACGAGUACGAAGAAGGUAAAGCGGAACUCGUCCGGAUACCGAGGAUCCAGCUGAAGCACCUCAUCAGAGAACGUCUCGGCCAGGACGGCAUCAGGCUCAGCAACCAGCCCUACUCCACCUCGACGGGCGAACGUGGCUACUUGGAAGGCCUAGGGUCGAGAUACGCCGAGCUGUUCAACACCCACUAUUCCGACGUCCUAUGCCACCUGGAAGAGCUGAGGCAGCGGGAAUGGGCAGAGCUGAGCCCGAGGUUCAGAGUCCUUACCGUCACCACGGGCCAACAGCAACAACAGACUCUGUCCAGGCAAAACGGGUUAACCACCUCUCUUUCUCAACCGAUCUACGUACCUGGAAAAUACUCGACAUAACAGUCCUAAGAGAAAAAACACGUGAAACCUCAAUAAAUCGAUCUUCAAUGUCAAACAAAAUAACAAUGAGCUGCUCUAUAGGCCUAGAAAGAGGCGAGG